AUGGGCAGGUUUCGAGCUGCUUUUAGUCGACAGACGACGGAUGACGACGUGACUUCGGUUAACAGGAGUACCGUUGUGGACAAUAAACAGGAGGAUGCCGCUGGUAAUGUCCCAGCAGACCAUGUCCCGGACGAGACACAGCCAAAUGCUCCCACUGAAGGGGCGCAGCGUGGUGUUCACAAUGUUGAGGCCGUAACUUUGACCUGGUCUAAGAAGUCCUUGAUCGCAGUUUUCAUCAAUAUCUGGUUCCUCUACCUCGUCAAUGCCUUCCAAUCGAACAUUCUCACCAACCUACUCCCUUUCGUCACCAGUCAAUGGGAGUCUCACUCGCUGCUGAACGUCAUCUAUGUGGUCGCCGAUGCCAUGUCUGCGGCUACCUUCAUCCCGUUGGCCAAGGUCAUGGACGUCUGGGGCCGAGCCGAAGGCUUUCUAAUCAUGACCGUGUUCGCAACCCUGGUGCUAACAGCCGGGCAGGUGUUUUACAGUAUUGGCUUCGGAGGCAUGACUUAUUGCGUGGAUGUAAUCACGUCCGACGCAUCCAAGCUAAAGAAUCGAGGCUUGGCGUACGCCUUCACGUCGUCGCCCUAUAUCAUCACGGCCUUCGCAGGCCCCAAGGCCGCGGACGACUUCUACUAUAAUGUUAGCUGGCGAUGGGGAUUUGGCUGCUUUACCAUUAUCUUCCCGGUAGUCGCGGCCCCUCUGUACUGUCUGUUGAAGUGGCACGUUCGCAAAGCCGACAAGCAAGGCAUGUUGACCAAGGAGAGCAGCGGGAGGACAUUUUUACAGAAUGUUUGGCACUGGACCAAGGAGUUCGACCUAUUCGGCGUCCUCGUGUUCUCGGCCGGCCUCAUCGUUUUCCUCCUCCCCUUUGAGAUUGCCAGUGACGCCCCCAACGGCUGGGGAACCGGAUACAUCAUUGCCAUGAUUGUGGUCGGCUGCGUCGUACUCAUCAUCUUCGUUCUGCACGAGACAUUCGUGGCCCCGGUCCCUAUGCUCAACUUCAGCUUCAUCACCGACCGCACAGUCAUCGGCGCGUGUCUGCUAGACGCCACCUACCAGCUAUCCUACUACUGCUGGGCAAACUACUACACUUCCUUCCUGCAGGUAGUCAACGACCUGACCCUCGCCCAAUCGGGCUACGUGAUGAACACCUUCGACGUAGUCUCGGGCGUCCUCUUACUCCUAGUCGGCUACCUAAUCCGCCGCACCGGCCGCUUCAAGUGGCUCCUCUACAUCUCCGUUCCACUAUACAUCUUCGCCCAGGGCCUAAUGAUCUAUUUCCGCCGCCCCAACCAAUCCGUCGGAUACCUAGUGAUGUGCCAGAUCUUCAUCUCCAUUGGCGGCAGCAUCUUCAUCAUCAUCGAGCAGCUCGCCAUUCUCGCCGCCGUCGACCACCAGCACGUCGCCGCGGUCCUAGCGCUCCUAAACGUCGUCGGCACCGUUGGCGACGCCAUCGGCGCAACCAUCUCCGGCGCCAUCUGGACAAAUACCUUCAAGAAGGCGCUGACCAUGUACCUUCCCAGCUCGGCCAUGUCCAACAUCGACGCCAUCUACGAGGACCUCGACACACAGCUGGGCUACCCGGUCGGCAGCGCCGCGCGGCUGGCUAUUCAGAAGGCUUAUGGCUAUGCGCAGACGCGCAUGUUGGCGGUUGGCACGGGUCUUAUGGCGAUGUCGUUUGCGUGGGUGCUCAUGAUUCGCAACAUCAAUGUGGCCAAGGUGGAUCAAGUCAGGGGUACGGUCUUUUAG